AUGGGAGGACGAAAAAUGGCAAGAGAUGAAGAAAGUGCCCAUGAUUCUGGAGACACCACACAGGCCCUGCAGAAGCUCGGGCUGAGGCUCAUCCUGGUGGGGAAGACAGGAGCUGGGAAGAGCGCCACCGGGAACAGCAUCCUGGGCCACAGGCGCUUCGUCUCCAGACUCGCAGCCACCUCGGUGACCAGAACCUGCGAGGUGGGGAGCCGCAGGUGGGAUAGAUGGCAUGUAGAAGUCAUGGAUACCCCGGACCUUUUUAGCUCCCUGGUCUCUAAGACAGACGCAGGGUUCCAGGAACGAGCCCGCUGCUACUUGCUGUCAACUCCUGGGCCCCACGUGCUGCUCCUGGUGACUCAGCUGGGCCGCUUCACUGCACAAGACCAGCAGGCUGUGAGCGCGCUCAAGGACCUGUUUGGGGACAACGUGGUGAAGCACACCAUCGUACUGUUCACGCGCAAGGAGGACCUGGCGGGAGGCUCGCUGCAGGAGUAUGUGCGCGACACGGACAACCGUGCACUGCGGGCUCUGGUGGCUGAGUGCGGGGGCCGUGUGUGCGCCUUCAACAACAAGGCGAUGGGUGGGGAACUGGAGGCCCAGGUGCAGGAGCUGCUGCUGCUGGUAGAACGCCUGGUGCUUGAACACACCGGUGUCCCCUACUCCAAUGACGUGUACCGGCUGGUGCAGGAGCUGGCCUUCUCCAGCCCUGAGGAGCAGCUGAGAUUGGUGGCAGAGAGGCUGGCAGACCGCGUGUUGGCACGACAAAAGCGAGGGCUGCUGGGCCGACUGUGUAGGUGGGUGAUGGCUGGGAAGCUGCGCACAGCCACACUACUGGGCAUCCUGUUCCUGCUUUGGGUAUUGCUCUCCAGACACUGGUCCUAG